UUCACUACGUUGGCUCUUCUCCCAGAAAGGUUUCGGUGUGGGAAUUUAAAUUUUACAUUUCUGAGGCUGUCGGAGGCUCUUUAACCGGAGACCACAUCCUCAAAGUUUCGCCGAGCGCGUCUAGACUGGAAAAGUGUGCCGGGCAUGAUGACGACAGAGGUGGGAUCAGAGACAGACGUGAAGAAGGAACCGGAGAAGGUUCCUGAAGUCCAGCAGCAGACAGACCAGCCCGACAAACCCGCUGAGAGCAACGACCAGCCGCAGGAGGAGAGCCAGAGCGCCGAGGCCAAGAACGAUCGGGAAGCGGCUGCGUCUCCGGAGCCCAGCAGUCCUCCUCCUGCUGCCGGUGGCCAGAAGAAAGAGAAGGGCAUCUCCCGCUUUCUGCCUCCAUGGCUUAAACGACAGAAAUCCCAGAGCCAAGACAAGCCCGGCGAGAGCACAGUGCCGCCCAAGCAGGAGAGCUUGGAGGCCGUGAAGGAGGAGCAGGAGGAGACGAGCCAGCCGAAAGAGGAGGCGGACGGAGGAGGCGCAGCGACCGCCAGCACAGAGCAGACAGAGGAGGUGAAGGAGGUGAGAGAGGAGAGCACAGCAGAGGAGGUGCAGCCGGAGGAGAAGGAGACAGAGGAGGAGAAGUCUAUCGGCAGUGCUGACACACAGCCUGUGAGAGAGGAGAAAGAGGGCGAAUUGGAGGUGGAGGAGAAGAAAGAGGAGGAGAAGAAAGAGGAAGAGCAAGUGAUCCAGCAGGAGGCGAGUGUGCUGUCAACGCUCAAAGUCAACAAGAAGAUGAAGAUGGUGGUGGUGUGUCACGUGACCCUGCUGGAUGGCAGCCAGUUCUCCUGUGAGGUGGAGAAACGGGCGAAAGGCCAGUACCUGUUUUUUCAAGUCUGCGAUCACCUGAAUCUGUUGGAGAAGGAUUACUUCGGCCUGAGCUUUAAAGACAACACCGAGCAGAGUUGCUGGCUGGACCCCACCAAGGACAUCAAACGGCAGAUCCGCAACUCUCAGUGGCAGUUUGUGUUCAGUGUGAAGUUUUACCCUCCGGACCCGUCGCAGCUGACUGAGGACAUCACGAGGUAUCUGCUGUGCCUCCAGCUGAGGCAGGACAUCGCGUCGGGCCGGCUGCCCUGCUCCUUCGUCACACACGCUCUCCUGGGCUCCUACACCCUGCAGGCGGAGCUCGGGGACCACGACCCCGAGGAGCACCGUCUGGACUACAUCUCAGACUUCCAGUUCGCCCCAAACCAGACCAAGGAGCUGGAGGAGAAGGUGGUGGAGCUGCACAAGUCCCACAGGGGAAUGACUCCAGCCCAGGCAGACACCCAGUUUCUGGAAAAUGCCAAGAAGCUCUCCAUGUACGGUGUAGACCUGCAUCACGCCAAGGACUCUGAGGGAGUGGAUAUCAUGCUGGGAGUGUGUGCAAACGGUUUGCUAAUCUAUAAGGAUCGUCUGCGGAUAAACCGCUUUGCUUGGCCCAAAAUCCUCAAGAUCUCCUACAAACGCAGUAACUUCUACAUCAAGAUCAGGCCAGGAGAGGCCGAGCAGUUCGAGAGCACCGUCGGCUUCAAGCUGCCCAACCACCGGGCCGCCAAAAGAGUUUGGAAAGUCUGCGUUGAGCACCACACCUUCUUCAGGUUGGUUUCUACUGAACAGCCCACCAAGACCAAGUUCCUGACUCUGGGCUCUAAGUUCCGCUACAGCGGCAGAACGCAGGCGCAGACGCGACAGGCCAGCUCCCUCAUCGACCGGCCCACGCCCUACUUCCAGCGCACCUCCAGCAAACGCAUCUCUCGCAGUCUUGAUGGAGCUCCUGUGGUGAACGUGAAUGAUUACAGUCAAGCUGCAGGCGCUGGAGAGAACGGCCCGGCUCUGGAGCUCAACUCUGACUCUAAGAGUCCACAGGUGGAGGUCAUGGAGAAGCCAAACGCGGAUGCAGCCACUUCUAUCAGCUCUGAAACGGCCUUUGAGACGGAUGGCGCUGGCGCUCCUGAGAGAAAGAGCAAGUUGAGAGUGCAGGGGGAAAAUAUAUAUGUCAGGCAUAGCAAUUUAAUGUUGGAGGACUUGGAUAAGACCCAGGAGGAUGUGUUGAAGCAUCAGGCUAGCAUUAGCGAGCUCAAGCGCAGUUUUAUGGAGGCUACGCCCGAGCCCAGGCCCAGUCAGUGGGACAAGCGCCUGACGGGCAGCCCUGCCACCUCCCUGCGCCUGCAGGCUCAUGGGGUUCCACAGAAAACCCCUCCCCGUCCUGAGACGGACAUCAGAGACGCCAGCAAGAGCGCAGAGGGUAAACCCGAAGUCAGCGACCAGCCAGAGGUCAUAGAGGUCGUGGAAGAGACCGUUGUCAUCGAGGAAGUCGUCAAAGCCAAACCCAAAAGCCCCGCCCCUGAGGCGCCGGUUACCGUGGAGACGGAGGUCAAGGAGGAGAGGAGUUUAUCGUCAGACAGCGAGAGCGAAGAGGAGGCGGAGUACCACGCUCAGCCGCCCAGCACGAGCAUCUCCGCCCAGCAGAUCAAAGAAGAGCCCGAGGAGGAACAGGAGGCGGUGCUUACUCAACAAGCCCCGCCCUCUGUGGUAGAGUCACAGCCAAUCACAGAAGCAGCUGAGCCCGGCCCUGCGGCGGAGGAAGAGAAAGCAGCGCAGCCUCAUGAGGAAGAGCGUACAGACGAGCCGCUGCUGACACUAGACGAAGCUCCCAAUGGACACGCCCCCCAAGGCGAAGCCCCGCCCACUCCCCAAACUGCUGCCGCCGAGGAGGAGGAGCCUCACAUCGUGAACGGCAGCGCCUCUCGCGUCGAAACAGAGCACCUGCCGCAGGUUAUUUGUUAUUCGGAGGUAAUUGACAUCCCGAGCUGAGACGGCCGCCUACGCUUCUCCUCAUCUCCUCUUCCUUUUCCCACUCCUUCCUCCUUCCUGGACGAAGAUCCUGCUUUAUCUGCGCAAGGCUGAAACCUCUCUCUAGCCUGUUUUAAAGGAAGCGAUUGCAGUAUAAAUGAAAGAGUCUUAAUGUUUGUCUUUCCAUCCUCUCGCCUUUUAAGUUGAUUUUUUUAUUCCAUCCUACUCAGCUACACACACAUAUAUAAACACAAUAUUCAGAGUCGCUGCAUGCUGGGGCUUGUAUCUUGUGCGCUGCAUGUCGUGUAUCGUUGCAUGGAGCUUUGUGGUGCAUGUUUAAUCUAGUGUACUUGAUAUCAUAAUUAUAUGAUAAGUGCGUUUACAUUGAUUCUUCGCUCUGCUGGUAGAGAGAAAGAGCAGCAUAAACUUCAGUAAUGCCACUGAAAUGAUUUGAUUGCACAGAUAAAUAGCACACAUCUUAAGUAUUGAUAGAAAUAAAAGCGCAAUAUAUUGACAUCUGAUAUCGUAUCCACACAGCGCUGUGUUUUUGUGCGUUUGCAUGUGUGUGUCGUCCUGUAAACACUGCCAAAGAUCACAAAACCAAAACUGCACUAAUGUACCGUCACAGGGACAUUUGGAAACUUUUUGGCUUUUUUUCUGGUUUGUAGGCUGCAUGCGUUAUACCAAAGACGUCUAGUUUAUAGUGGUGUUUCUUUGAGCUGCUUGAGCUUCCUCUCUGCGUUGUG